GGCCACUUGAGUCUUACGAAAACAAUGAUGUUUCUGAAGUGGAGCAUGAUGAAGCUAGCUGUGACCCUUUACCAGAUGAGGAUGCUGUGGACAGCAAUCUAAUGCCCAUUGGUUUCAACAAAGCUUGCCUGAAGAAUGUUUUCACAGUCAUCCUUGUCCUCAUUUACCUGCUGCUCACUACAGUGGCUGUGUUCUUGGCCUACCAGACUAUUUCAGACUUCAUGGAGAAACUCAACCAUCCAGUGAUGUCUGUUUCAUACAAAGAAGUUGAGGAGUUUACUGCACCAGGAAUGGCUUUGUAUCCUGGGAAGGCGCAGUUAUUAAGUUGCAUGCAUCACUAUCAUGACAACAUUCCACCUCUUGUUGCAUCGGGCAGACUAGAGAAAAGUAACUGUAUAACCGAGGAGGUCAUUUACUAUGGGCCAUAUUCAAACCAGACGCAAAAGCGAGCCAUAGUGGUCAGAGGGCCGACUGAUGUGAGGAACCGAGAACUUAUAUUCCUUCAGUUCAGUCGGAAUGAAACGGAGGAGGAUUUCAGCGCUAUCAGUUACAUGUUUUUUGCCACAUUCAGUGACUUGCAUAAAAGCUCGGAUAAAGCAGCUUUUAUGAUGGACUGUGAAAGGAACUACUCCAUGUGGACCUUCUCUGGGGGAUUUCGGACAUGGGUCAAAAUGUCUUUGGUCAAGACGUCAGGCAGAGGAAAUGAAUCAGUUGAAUUUAGACAGGAGUCCAGUGUGGUGAAGUACAUGGACAAGAGGCCGCCACAGGAGCAAGCCAACGAGCUUUUCUUUGUUGUGUUCCAAUGGCGAGAUCCAUUUAUACAGCAAGUGAAAGAUAUAGUCACAGCAAACCCGUGGAACACUAUAGCCAUAUUGUGUGGUGUCUUCAUGGCUCUAUUUAAAGCAGCAGAGUUUGCCAAACUCAGCAUUAAGUGGAUGAUCAAAAUCCGUAAAAGACACUUAAGGGCAAAAAUUAGAGAAUUGGACCAAAUGAGCUAAUUCUAUUACAUCUGACAACACGAAUGGAGUUUUUAAUUACGACCAUCGACCACUUUGAGACUUAUGGCGAACUAUUUCAGUGCAAAGAAUGUAUUACACUUUCAUGAAAAAUGUGUUGUUGCUCUAUUGUACGUUAAGUUUUAACUGGACAAUAGAUUUUAACUUGAUGAGCUGAGCCAUGUGUUCUACAGUACAAGGGCAAAGUGUAUUAAUGUGGUUGUGACACUGAAAUAUUAACUAUUCACACUGGUUCUCAGUGAGAUUCAGCUAGCUGAAAUGAUGACUGAGUAGGAAUUUAGCUGAAACAAAAAAAAAAGGCUUUUAAUGACAGGGACCUUUGGUUAAGUUGCAUUUCCAAUUGAUCAACAAAUGUAUAAAUAACAGGACAUUCAAUGACAGAGACAUACGGCCUUGCUGCUGUUUUCUUUAAACAUUUUGCUGUCAGUGUGAAUGAGUUAUGCUUUAUUGUUAUGAGACGUUGUUGUAUAGACCCAUACCAACAUAUGGAAUUAUAUCAUUGAUUUAAAAAUGUUCUGAAAACAUUAUUUAAUCAUGUUUACAAAACAAGCUGGCCUUUUUUGUAGUUAUGAUGUAACAACUUUGACUUGUUUCCAUGUGAUGAUCUUUUUUUUAUUGU